UACCAGGCCACGCUUGCCGGCUCAAUCAGUUAGUUUGUCCUUGGGCCGUUGGGUCUCGAAGCCUUUCCUUUCGUUCUCCUUGGAGUUUCCAUCAUGACAGUCUCCUGGAGUGAAGGUUUCGAACGUGCUCAGGCAGCGUUGAAAGAGGCCAGAUUCUUCGAUGGAGUUCAGGCGAUCAACUCCUGCAUGGAGACCUAUGCAAAGGUGAUUGGGGAUGACACUGAUCGUGUACUACGGGACCCGAGUGCUUUCUUGCAGGAGUACAAAGAAAAUCUCAAACAGGAGCAAAAGGACGUGUUGCGCAAGAUGUAUGAGGUCCGGGGCGACAUUAUCACUGGCUUGGGUGCCCACAAGCGGGCGAUGCUUGACUAUCAGUCAGCACAGCUGCUGGGAGCAAUUCUGAAGGACAAGUUAGCCAAGACUGAGGCAGCAGCCAAGGCAGCCAAGGAAAAGACCGGUAGUGACGCCAAGGUCCCGGUCACAGUACUCACUGGAUUCCUCGGCAGUGGUAAAACGACCCUUUUAAAUCACAUCCUUCACGAGUUCCAUGGAAAACGCAUCGCCAUCAUUGAGAACGAGUUUGGUGAGGUCGGCAUUGAUGACAGUCUCAUUGAAGCUGGACCCUUGGCGAUGGAGGAAAAUGUCAUUGAGAUGAACAACGGCUGCAUUUGUUGCACGGUCCGUGGCGAUCUCAUUGCAGGUCUCAAGAAGAUUAUGAAGAGAUCAGUGCAGAGCGGCAAACCUCUGGAUGGAGUGAUCAUUGAGACCACAGGGCUGGCAGACCCAGCGCCAGUGGCCCAGACCUUCUUUGCAGAUGACUUUGUGCAGCAGAACAUGCAGCUGGAUGGCAUCGUGACUUUGGUGGACGCCAAGCACCUCAUUAUGCACCUGGAUGAGGAAAAGCCCGAAGGAGUUGAGAACGAAGCUGUGGAACAGGUUGCCUUCGCAGAUCGCAUCAUCCUCAACAAGUGUGAUCUCGUGGACGAGCCUCACCUGGAUGAAGUGGAAAGGAGGAUUCGCAUGAUCAAUGAGGCGGUGAAAAUCAAACGCACCACCAAGUCCAAGGUCGACAUGGACUUCAUCAUGGGCAUCCAAGCCUUUGAUUUGGACAAGAUCUUGGAGAUGGAUGAUGGUUUCCUUGCAGACGAGCAAGACCACCAACAUGACGAGCGUGUCACCUCCUGUGGUUUCCAUGUCAAAGGCGAAAUCAACCAGCAGAAGCUGAACGAGUGGCUUGGAUAUAUCUUGAAAGAAAAAGGCAAUGACCUCUUCCGAACCAAAGGAGUUUUAGCGGUCCAGGGCAUGCAGCAAAAAUUUGUCUUCCAGGCAGUUCACAUGGCUUUCACUGGUUCGCCGCAGAGGGACUGGCAGCCAGAUGAAGAGCGCAUUUGCAAGCUGACGUUCAUUGGCAAGAAUCUCAAUCGCCAGGAACUGGAAGCGGGUUUCAAGAAGUGUUUGGUGAAUGGAGCUGGUUAUGCAUAA